GGAAAAGGCAACGUCAAGAUCUCAAUUGGCGUCGAAAGCAUGAUGCGCAUCCUGGCGGUGGCGAUGCUGAGCAGCCUCGGCGCCGCGCUCCAGGUGCCCUAUACGACGUACGCCUGCGACGAUCGGCGGUGCGUGCCCCAGCCGCGCACGCUGACGCCGCAAGCAGGCCACACGAGUCUCCGUCUCUGCGAAAUGACAUGCGGCGCCGGGAACCUCUGGCCGCAGCCCACAUCCGCGGCGAUUGCGGCGACGACGACGAUCGUGAGCGUCGAUGACGUCCAGCACAACGUGUCGUUUGGAGUAGGUGACGCGGCGCACCUCGUGCGCAGCAUGCAGCACAUCUUUGACAACACGCUCGCGCUCAAGGCCACCGAGUGCGCGCUCGUGGCAGUCGACGGCAUCGAGCUCGUCGUUACCGCAGCGAUCGCCUCUGCGUCCGAGACGCUAUCGCUCGAGACAGACGAGUCGUAUACACUGCACAUUGCCAAUGGCACGGCGUCGAUCACGGCGGCUACGAUUUAUGGCUACCGCCACGCACUCGUGACGCUCACGCAGCUCGUUGAGUACGACGAGCUGUCGCACACGAUGCACAUGGCGUCGGGCGCGAGCAUCAUUGAUGGACCCGCAUAUCGCCACCGCGGCGUUGUGCUGGACACGAGCCGGCAGUACUACUCGGUGGCUGCGAUUCGCCGGCUCCUCGACGGUAUGGGGGCGACGAAGCUCAACUCGUUCCAUUGGCACUUCACCGACACGGCAAGCUUCCCGGUCGAGAUCAAGGGGGAGCCGCGGCUCACCUCGUUUGGCGCCCACCACCCGCGCCAAAUUUACACGCAGACCGCCAUCCGCGGGCUCGUCGCCUACGCCAAAGCCCGCGGUGUGCGCGUGAUUCCAGAAGUCGACGCGCCGUCGCAUGCCGGCGCGGGGUGGCAGUGGGGCGUCGACGCCGGCCUUGGCGAACUCGGUGUUUGCUUUGGCCACAAUCCGUGGUACGACGCCUGCGUGGAGCCGCCGUGCGGCCAGCUCAACCCGUUCAACGACCACGUCUACGACAUUCUGAAAACGGUCUACUCGGAGCUCCACGGGCUCUUUGAUGCCGACGUGUUUCACAUGGGCGGCGAUGAAGUGCAUCUCGGCUGCUGGAACAUGACAAAGGCCAUCACGGACCACAUGAGCUCAGAUCGGUCGCCGGACGCCUUUUACCACAUCUGGGGUGCGUUCCAGACACGAGCUCGGUCGCUGGUCGACGCACAAAAGAAGAUUGCUAUCUGGACAAGCGACCUCACCAACGCCCCGUAUCUGCGCUCGUACUUUGAGCCUAGCAACACAAUCGUUCAGAUGUGGACGCUCUCGAACGCAGGCGACGCGGCCAAGCUGACCGCCCAAGGCUACGAAGUCAUUGCAUCCUACUAUGACGCGUACUAUCUGGACUGCGGUUUUGGCAACUGGCUCACAAAAGGCGCCGACUGGUGCCAUCCGUACCACCACUGGAGUGUGCUCUACGACCUGGAUCUGGUCAAGCACGUGCCAGUCGCCCAGCGGCGGCUCGUGCUCGGAGGCGAAGUCGCGCUUUGGUCGGAAGAAGUCGACGAGGCGACCAUGGACGCUAAGAUCUGGCCACGCGCGGCGGCCGCGGCCGAGCGCUGGUGGACCAACCCGAGAAACGGCACGACGUGGAAGGACGCGAUCGACCGCCUUCGCAUCCAGCGUGACCGCCUCGUCGAGAUGGGGCUGCAAGCCGACGCGAUCCAGCCGCAUUGGUGCCGUCUCCACCCGGGCGAGUGCACUCUCCUCCCAUAAGUCGCAUCACCUUGCGCUAUAUAUCAUGUGGAUGAUUGCCUGAAACAGCGUUGCGUCCUUCUCGUUGCCGGCUGUGAUGGUGUGGCAAAGAGCCUGCUAUGAGAGCAAAGGUGAUCGGAUACCCGGCGUCGUAGCAACC